AUGAAACCACGACGCUCUCACACAAAGUCACGCAGCGGAUGUCGGGAGUGCAAACGUAGAAAGGUCAAGUGCGAUGAGAGACUUCCCUCUUGCUUUAACUGUGCCCGCCGUGGGAUAACAUGCACCUUGACCUCAUCCCAACAGUCUCCUCAGAAGACAGGGGCCAUUAGAUUGCCCCUGUUAAAUAACAGAGAAACCGAAGCGAGUCCUGAUGCAUUAUCCGUAGCUGAAGUAUGGAGUGCUCCAACGCCGGGCGCAUCUCUGGAUUUCCAAGACCACGGCCUGGAACUGAUGCACCACUACUCUACCAUUACAGCCAACACUCUUGCUCUGAGGCUGGAUAUGCAGCACAUCUGGCGUAUGGUCCUCCCCGAGAUGUCAUAUAAUACACCGUUUCUCUCCCACGGCAUACUGUCAGUCGCUGCCUUACACAAAGCUCACCUGCUGCCCGCAAGAAGGGACAAAUAUCUCGAUCUCGCAGCCUAUCACCAAACCCGUGGCAUGCAAGGCUUCCGCAGCAUAAUUCAUAGCAUCAACGAAAGGAACUGGCACCCUGCGUUCUGCUUCUCAUCUACAAUCGUAAUAUAUGCAUUUUCAUCGGCAGGUUGGACCGGAGAUGCCAUGGCGGAUAUUUUGCAGAUCUUUGUCCUGAUACGCGGCAUUCGAUCUAGUCUCUUCGGCGCGGGACAGAAUCUUGCGGAGACGCCUUUCUCCGCAUGGUCAGCUGGGAUCUGGAUAGUCGGAGAGAAUGACGAGGCCUCUUACGACUUCGAUCCGCCAUUGGAUCGUACUGCUCUGCCUUUGGAUACAUUCCAGGCACUGCGUCGUCUCUUCGCUUUUUACCGCACUGAUCUAUCGGACUGCAACAGGGCAGACUAUGAGUUUGCCACGUUGCAGCUACGAAAGUCGGCGAUUCUCAUUGCACAUGCUGGUACCCAGCCAGAGAUAGGCAUGGUCAUGUUCUUCCCAUACGGAAUCUCUGCAAGUAUCAUGUCGGACAUCCAAGCCAAUGACCCAUGCGCUCUUGUCCUGUUAUCAUAUUUUUCAGUGCUUCUAAGCCUUGUUGAGCAGCAAUUUUGGUAUGUUCAAGGCUGGUCCCGGAGACUCAUAAGCGCCAUCGAUGUGCAGCUGGAUAAUGAUCCCAAGUUUUCUAAAGUGGCAAAGUGGCCAAAGACUAUCAUAUCUAGGCUUUACAAGAGUGAAUUAGGUUGCAGAUAA